UCGGAUCACGGAAGUGGCAAGGACUUAUCCAACAUGGCAACUGUGCUAAGGCGGCUUGCAAGGUUUAGUCAAACUGGGCUCUCUGCACACCGUAAAAAUGGAUGGAGUUUUGCACUCCCACACUCUGUGUCAAACCACAGGAAUUCAUCAACCUCAUCAAAAAUCAAGGUAGACCUGGAUAGCAAUACCGGCAUUGCUGUGAUGAGGUUCCAGAGUCCUCCUGUUAACAGUCUCAGCCUGGACUUUCUGACUGAGUUUGCCAUCAGCAUGGAGAAACUGGAGCUGGACAAAGGCUGCAGGGGUCUGAUUCUGACUUCUGCCCAGCCGAAGGUGUUUUCAGCGGGACUGGACAUCAUGGAGAUGUAUGGGAAGAGUCCGGAACGCUGCAGCGAAUUCUGGAGGGCAGUUCAGGAGAUGUGGAUCCGACUCUAUGGAUCCAGCAUGGUCACAAUGGCAGCUAUAAACGGUUCCAGUCCAGCUGGGGGCUGCCUGAUGGCCAUUUCCUGUGACUACAGAAUCAUGGCGGACAAUCCUCGCUACAGCAUAGGACUGAACGAAACCAAGCUAGGGAUCGUGGCUCCAUUCUGGUUUAAAGACACCAUGAUGAAUACGGUGGGUAACCGGGAGACGGAACUGGCUCUGCAGUUGGGACAUCUCUACAGCUCCUCUGAAGCACUCAAGAUUGGCCUGGUGGACCGGUUGGUCCCUGAGGACAAGGUCCUGAGCACUGCCAUGGAGACGAUGGCCAAUUGGUUCACUAUUCCAGAUCAUGCUCGACAGAUAAGCAAGUCUAUGAUGAGGAAGCCAAUCAUAGACAAGCUGUUGGCCAGUCGAGAGGCUGACAUUAAAAACUUUGUCAGCUUCAUCACUAAAGACUCGAUCCAGAAGUCGAUCGGGAUGUACCUUGAAAUGUUAAAGAAGAGGAAGGCUUAAAGACAAGCAGAACCGACGCCCCUAGUGCCUGCUAUUGAAGAUGCCUUCUUCACGAUCGCGCCUUCGCGUCUCUGCCCAAGGAUCUCGUGUCAUCUCGUCAUUACGUUGAUUUUUUCUCUUCCUUUUCUCUUUGAAGGUCGUUUUCUAACUUGUUGUAGUGUUGUUUUAGUGUUGACAGUAAAGCCGGUAACAUCA